UCCGCGUCAGGCAGGCAGGAGCCCGGGCUGGGGAACGCUGCCUGCGGCUGAGGGCAGCCGCGCCCCGCCACCCCGGCCUCCCGAACCCUUUCGCCAGUCCCCCCGGCCCGUCCUGCCCCGUGCCCCCCCCCCCCCACAAUGCAGCACCACCUCUGCGCCUUGCUCCUGCUGGCGUCCCAGUGCCUGGGCUCGGCCACCGGGCUCUUUCCCUUCGGGGAGCCCGACUUCUCCUACAAGCGCUCCAACUGCAAGCCCAUCCCCGCCCCGAUGCUGCUGUGCCGGGGCAUCGAGUACCAGAGCAUGCGGCUGCCCAACCUGCUGGGGCAUGAGACGGUGCAGGAGGUGCUGGAGCAGGCCUCCACCUGGAUCCCGCUGGUGCAGAAGCAGUGCCACCCUGACACCAGGAAGUUCCUCUGCUCCCUCUUUGCCCCCGUCUGCAUCGACGACCUGGACGAGAUCAUCCAGCCCUGCCACUCGCUCUGCGAGGAGGUGAAGGAGAGCUGCGCUCCUGUGAUGUCCGCCUUUGGCUUCCCCUGGCCCGACAUGCUGGACUGCAGCCGCUUCCCCAAGGACAACGACCUCUGCAUCCCGCUGGCCAGCAACGACCACAUCCUCCCCGUCACCAGAGAAGCACCCAAGGUCUGCGAUGCCUGCAAAAGCAAAAAUGAAGACGACAAUGACAUUGUGGAAAAUCUCUGCAAAAAUGACUUCGCCUUGAAGAUAAAAGUGAAGGAGAUUGCCUACAUCAAUGGGGAUACCAAGAUCACCCCUGAAACAAAGAGCAAAACCAUCUACAAGCUGAAUGGGCUGACAGAAAGGGAUCUGAGGAAGAUCGUACUUUGGCUCAAAGGUGGCCUCCAGUGUACCUGCGAUGAGAUGAAUGACAUAAACGUCCCCUACUUGGUGAUGGGGCAAAAGCAAGCUGGGGAAUUGGUGAUCACCUCGCUGAAGCGGUGGCAGAAAGGGCAACGGGCUUUCAAGCGGUUCUCCCGCAGCAUCCGCAAACUGCAGUGUUAGUGGCUCUGGCUCCGGCCGCCUCCAGCAGCCACCUCUGUCCCCAGCUCUCUGGGCCUCCUGCACCUUCUCUCUUCAGCCCCUCUGAGCCUCGAGAUGCGAGGGGCAUGAGACAUGGUGACCGCUCUCCGAGAGGGGAGGGAGCCCUCUGUUUUUGUGUACAUAGGUUAAAAUGUAAUGGAACAAAAUCAUGACUAUUUUUGGGAAGUAUUAAAAGUAUCUUGCUUAAGGCUUUGGGGUUUUUUAUGGUUGCAAACAUGACUUUGGUCUGAGGUUUUUCCCUCUUCAUUUUGGUAAUGCUGGUUCAUUUAUAUUGCUGCUUCUCUGUAUACGUGCAUGUUUGUUGCGCAGAAGCAGGAGAUGCAGAGGAAGACAGCCACGCGUGCAACUGGCCUGUCACAGUGGGCACAACUCUUUCACCGACGUGAAACGACUUGCCACCUAUAUUAACACUAUAAAGGUCAUGUUACAACUCUUGCAUGCAAUACAUAGGCACCAGUAAGAGUAUAUUAACCAUUCUGACAUUUUAUUUUCCACAAGUCUGAGCCCUUCUCUCUCAGAAAAAAAGAAAAAAAGAAAACAAGUUUUGGAGCUGGUUGAUUUGAGUGCAACUUUUUGUUAUUAUUAUUGUUAUUUUGCAAAUUAAACCAUCCGUAGCCUAACUGUAAUAUACCUAGUGGUUGACUUGAAAGAGUUGUAAAAUAUUGCUUUAAUUAACCUUGUAAAUACUCCGGAUAAAUGUUAUAUUCUUGUAUAUAAACUUCACGUCAUAGUUUA